ACCAGAACUCAGACUUUACCCAACAAUGACAAGGUAAGAAAAGUAUGAAAAUACUUUAUUUGUAUUAAUCUAUUCCCGAGAGCUAAUGCUGCAAGCAUGCACCUCCUUGUUUUAAUUUGGUGUAUUAUUAAAUGAAAUUACUUUGUGAGAACUUCCCACAAUGUUCAGUGCUACAGGAGCCUGAUGCCAGUAUUUGAAGUUCAUAAGCCUCUUACACUAUAUAGAAAGUGUUUGUAGCUGUCCAUGGUUCUGAAAUAAGCCCCACGGUGUGGGGUCUAUGGAGUGAAUUGCGGAAUUAAUAUCUAAUGGAAAAAGAGUAGUGUCAUAUCUUGCCACAUAUAUUUAGAUUUUACGAAAAUAUUCGUAUUUAUGCAUGACAGAUGUUAAAAAAAUCCUAAUAACUAGGGGAGUUAUUUCAAUAGCUUCCUUCAUUACCUUAAUUUCCUUUCCUUGUGUUCCUAUAAACAAAUGUGGAACAUUGCAAGUUGUAUUUGCAAUCAACAUCUUCAGCUCUCUUUGUAACUUCAGUGUGUUGUAAUGUUUUAUUCCAAAUAUAUAUUCAUGUACUUAAUUGGUUUAGCUUUCUAGCCGGGCUAUCAGUUAUCAGGCGAAUGUCUAUUUGUAUAGAUAAACAAAUAAAAAGUCAGAAAGAGAGAAAAGGAAAAUGAUAAAGACUGAAUUAUGUUGAGAUGUAUAAUCAUUAUCAUUUGAAAUAGUUACAACUACAUUUGUUUCGACGAAAUUGCUCCGUUUAAACAGUUCGUUAGUCAUUCCAUUAUUGCUGUAAAAGGUUGAAUGUAGUUAUUUCAUACCAACACAUGGAGUCACUGUAGACCAUGACAUCUGUGCGUCAUUUCAGGAGGCAUAUGACUCCUCCCAGAAACAGGAUGAUGAUGUUAUUCUGGGCUUUGUUACAAAGAGACGCAGGGCGAGAGAGAAACGAGUGAAAAGCAUUUCCAAGCUGCCUGGUACAAAUGCGAGAAACUGGAAUGUGUACUUUACUGUCAUUGUGAUUUUUUUUUGACGGAAUUGGUUGGACUGGCAUUCAUGUCUUUUUCGGGUUGGAUGUAAUUAUGUAUUUCUCAAGCAAAACGAACCUUUUUCGGAUAUAUCUUGUGGCGGUGCUGCUGAAUUAUUGCUGGGAAGCGGUGUCUGGACAGCUCUCGUAUUCCGUAUCAGAGGAGGUAAACCCGGGGACGUCUGUUGGAAAUAUCGCCAAGGAUCUAAAUCUCAACGUGCAGGAUUUAGAAUCUCGUAUGUUUCAGAUUGUUGCUGGUUCAAAGAGAAAAUAUUUCGAUGUCAAUGUGAAAACUGGUGUUCUUUAUGUGAAUGAAAGAAUCGACCGAGAAGAGCUUUGUGCGAAGGCGACAAAAUGUACAGUCAAUGUAGAGGCCGUGAUCAAUGACCCGCUGAAGCUUUACCGUUUAGAGAUAACUAUAACGGAUAUGAAUGACAAUGCACCCGUAUUCUCUGAGCAAUUGCAGUCAAUUAACAUUGCAGAAAGUACUUUACCGGGAGUGAAAUUUGGAUUAAUAGAGGCAUCGGAUUUGGAUGUUGGAAAGAACGAUGUUAAUACAUACAAGCUUAGUAGUAAUGAUUAUUUUUCUUUGGAAAUUCACAAAGGGGGAGAUGGCGUGUCUGCAGAGUUAGUGCUGAAGAAAUCCUUAGACCGAGAGCACGGCUCUGUGAUAAAACUCACACUAACUGCCCUGGAUGGAGGAAAUCCAAGCCGAUCGGGAACCUCACAAAUCAUCAUCACCGUGUUGGAUUCUAACGACAACCAUCCGGUUUUCAGUAAAUCUUUGUACAAAGUUCAAGUUUUUGAGAACCUGCCAACAGGAUCUAAUGUGAUCAUUCUUAAUGCAACAGACGCAGAUGAGGGUUUAAACAGCGAAAUAGAAUACUCUUUGAGAAAAAAAGGUCAGGACCGUGUUUUAGAUUUAUUUCAAAUUGAUUCCAAAUCAGGUGCGAUUUUAGUUAGAGGUCUGAUUGACUAUGAAGAAAAUCAAGCUUUUGAGAUUCAUGCA